AUGAAUGAGUGGGUGGGCACUGACAUCAACGUGGUGGGACCGCUGCAAAUCCCACCCGGCGAUGACUUCUCCAUCUCAGAGAGCGCCCACUUGUUUGACAUCCUGGCAGAUCAAGGCAGUCCUCUCCUGCAGGAUACAGACAUCUUACCCUUCAGCGGCUAUCCAGGCAUGCAAUAUCCGUCCAUGGAGCAGACCAUGUCUUCCACGCCAUACUACUCCAGUCAAAGCUACUACCCUCAGUACCACGGAGAGGAAUGGUUCUCCCACACAGGGAUAUACGAACUGAGGAAGGAACCCCUGGAGGGCGGCUACGUUGCUGAGAUCGAGGAGGUGUCCCCCGUGGUGCCCGCCGUCUGCAAGAGGACCCGCCACAUGUCGCAGGCUGGACGGGUCAAAGGGGAGGAACUGUGCGUGGUGUGUGGAGACAAGGCCUCUGGGUACCACUAUAACGCUCUCACCUGUGAGGGGUGCAAAGGUUUCUUCAGAAGAAGCAUAACAAAGAACGCUGUUUAUAAAUGCAAGAGUGGCGGAAACUGUGAAAUGGACAUGUACAUGCGCAGGAAAUGCCAGGAGUGUCGGCUAAGAAAGUGCAAGGAGAUGGGCAUGCUGGCUGAAUGCCUGCUGACAGAGAUCCAGUGUAAGUCGAAAAGGCUGCGGAAGUACACCAAGGCGUCGCCGGGACAGUCGCCCGGAAACGAGACGGAGGGGGCGGACAACACAGACAACAAACAGGUCUCCUCGACCACCAAACUGUCCAAGGAGAAAGUGGAGAUCAACAGAGAGCAGCGGGCUCUCAUGAAAGCCAUUGUGGAUGCCUACAACAGACAUCAAAUCCCUCAAGACGUGGCCAAAAAACUGCUGCAGGACCAGUACAGCCCAGAGGAAAACUUCCUCCUAUUGACAGAAAUGGCAACUAGUCAAGUUCAAGUUUUGGUGGAAUUUACAAAAAACAUUCCAGGCUUCCUCUCUCUGGAUCGGGAGGAUCAGAUCGCUCUCCUGAAGGGUUCGGCCGUAGAGGCCAUGUUUCUACGCUCUGCGCAGGUUUUCAGCAGAAAGAUGCCCACCGGACACACAGACGUUUUGGAGGAGAGGGUACGCAAGAGCGGUAUACCCGAUGAAUUUAUGACACCCAUGUUCAACUUUUACAAAAGUAUCGGUGAACUCCACAUGGUGCAGGAGGAACAGGCUAUCCUCACUGCCAUAACCAUCCUGACUCCAGAUCGGCCUUAUGUCAAGGAUCCUCAGGCGGUCGAGAGGCUUCAGGAGACCAUGCUGGACGUGCUGAGGAAGCUGUGUGUCCUGCAGCACCCACAAGAGCAGCAGUACUUUGCUCGCCUCCUGGGCCGUCUGACGGAGCUGAGAACGCUCAGCCACUACCACUCCGAGAUGCUCGCUUCCUGGAGAAUGAACGACCAUAAAUUCACGCCGCUGCUCUGUGAGAUAUGGGACGUGCAGUGACGCACCGGGAGAGGAGGAGAAAGUAGUAACAUGGGGAUGAGAACACGAACAUUUGUACUUGUAAGACAGAGUCAUGGUCCGGCUACAGUGCAUAUUUAUUUUGGGUGAUGUGAGGAUGCGGCAUUAAAUCCCUGGCCACUAUCAUUCGUUUUGAUUCAGUAAAUGGUUUAAAGUAUUGCUUGUGUUUAUUCUGCUCAUGCAUUUUGCUUUAUGUAUAACAGUCCUAACAUAUUCAUGUUCAUUUGUUGUGUGAGGCAGCCAACUCUUUGUUGUCUCACUGUUGAGAUGUUAUAACAUCUUGAAGAACAAAAAAGUUCAAACACUGAAACUCAUUCUGAGCAUAGACGGUGCUUAUAAGAAAUCCAAAGUUAAAUUCAGUCAUUUCUCCUUCAAUGAACAAGGUUCACGCUGAAAAAUUAUUUUGAUUAUUUUUAUCCCUGUUAUAUUACUGUUUAGGAGUUCACAUACAGACAUAUCAUGUGGUACAUCCAUAAAUUAUAUCAGUAGCUAUAAAUGUUUUUUUUGCAUGUUCUAGCAAUUUUCUAGAUAAUUAAAAAACAUUCAACACAGACUAUCUCUAUUUCUCUCGUGUUAUACGUCCUUUACUGCUGUGGGUGUUGCUGUAGUGGGAAAGUUGCAGUAGCUUUAGCAGAAGCUUUUAUGAUUGCAGCAGCGCCACCACCGGGAGGACGAGUGAGGAUCCAUGUUUUCAGAACUAUGCUGAGGGAAUGAAGAUCAUCAGUGGCGACAGUUGUACAUGUCAACCGUAUGUACUGUUAGCAUUGCAUUUAAAAUAAACUGGAAAGACUUCAAAUU